UUGAAGUUUCUGUCAUGUGAAUUGAGUCUCUCUCUGUCAUAUUUUCACAACCUCAAAAUUAAAGAAAUAUUUGAUAAAUAAAUAAUAGCUAUCAUAAUUUUAACUACUUCAUAUUAUCCAAUAAAAAUUUAUAGAAAUGGGUGGCAAGAGUAGGCAAGCUCAAAGGACUAAAAACAAUGCUAAACCAUCUAAUAGUGGUCGCAGUGCAGAGUAUUUAAGCAAUAAUAUGCCCCAUUUUUCGGGGUUUACUGGAAGAAAAGAAACUGGUUUCAUAUUUCCUCUAAUGGCAACAGAAGAUAUAGAACUAAGUAUUGAUGCAAAUUUCCAGGUGGUGUUGAAGAAAAUGAACAAAAAAGAUAAUACCACAAAAAUCAAGGCAUUACAAGAAUUUGCUGAUCUCGUGAAAAAUUCUGAUGCUGAGGUUAUUAAAACUAUACUACCUUAUUGGCCUAGGUUAUAUAAUAGCUUGGCUACAGAUUCUGAGAACAAAGUCAGAGAAGCAACCCAUGUUGCACAUAAUGAAGUUGUACAGAAGGUGAAGAGAAAUCUGGCUCCUCAUCUAAAAUCUAUAAUUGCUUCUUGGUUUACUUCACAAUAUGAUACAUAUCCUCCAGCAGCGACUGCUGCAACAAUGUCUUUCAAGAAUGCAUUUCCUGAGAAAAAAAUAGAAGAGGUCAUAGUUUUUUGUAACAAAGAAAUAUUGGAUUAUAUUCAUGAUAACUUAUUUAUCCACACUACCCAAACUGUUAGCAACCCGAAGCACAAUACUCCAGAAGAAUUACAAGAUAAAUAUGAAAGGGUUCUAAUAUCUAGUUUACUUGGAUAUUCUCUUUAUUUGAAGAAAAUUCCAAAAGAUAAAAUAGAAGAAAUGGCAGACAUAAACAGAAAAAUCAUAAAUAAUAAUAAGUUCUGGAAAUACUCUAAGCACAAUCUCAUUAUUGUCCGGGCAGCUUGGUUUAAAGUUUUAAUCGCUUUAUUUGAAAAGGCACCCUUUUUAUUAGAAAAAGACGAAGGACAUGUAGUUUCUUAUAUCCUUGGUAGUAUAGAUGAAAAUGAUCCAGUUGUAUUACCGUUAGUAUGGCAGAAUGUUCUACUUACUAUUUCUUCAAUAAAGGAAUGGUGGACUAAAGUUAAUAUUGACAAAUUGAUGUUACCAAAAUUAUGGAAGGUACUCAAAAAUGGAGGACAAGGUAAUGCUGCAGUUAUAUUCCCAAAUCUUUUACCUCUAUUGUCAAACAUGAUGAGUAUUAUUGAUGUGGACACAUUCUACACAAAUUUCUUCACUAAUCUUUGUUUAGGUUUGAAGCAAAAAACAGUGAUAGCAAGUAAGUCAGAAUCAACAGCAAUAUCAAUCUCUUUAUUAGAAUGUAUACGAUAUGUCAUCAUGAAAAAUGAAGAGAACACCACUUUAUGUGAAAAAGUUAUCAAAUCUUUUUUAAUACCUACAAUCCACUGGUGUUUGACAGAAACCCAAUGCUGUUAUAAGACAAUUUUCAAUCAAACAGCUUCUUUGGCUCAAUAUUGGAGCAGGAAUAAUCUAAAUGGGAAUUCAAAUUAUAUCAGAUAUCUCACAUACUUUUUUGAUAAUAUCAACUCUCUCUUCGAUGGAAUUCUUUUGGAUUUAGACUACUCAAAUUCUGAAAGAAUAUUAUGUGUAUCUGAGAAACAAGUGGAAUUUUUCAAAAUAAUGAAGCACACUCCUAAAAUUAAGAAAGGGUUAAAAGUUAAAUUCGAUAGUAACAAGGAAACAGUUGAAGGAAACCACAUUAGUUGUUCACUCGAGCAACUUAAUGAGUUUUAUAUAAAUACUUUAACAGGCGUUGUUUUGAGAACAUGCGAAACUUAUGUUAAAAUUAUAGAUGAUAAAAAAUUGAAGGAAUUGCUUGAUCAUCUGGCUGUAUUAAUUCAAGAAUUUGAUUCCAUAAGUUUCUUUGAUCACAUGAGUAAAAAGAUGGCUAAAGAUCAAGAGAGUGAUAUUCUCAUAAUUUAUGAGAAUUUGUUGAGAAAUUGGUUGGAAUGUGAGAAUUUAUGGUGCAAAUCCCUCAUUCACAUUAUUUUCUUAACAUUCAAACAUUUAGAUGAUGGUAAAAAAGGAAUUGUUUUGGAUAGUUUGAAUAUGAUUACAAAUGAGGGGUGCCUUGGAUGGUGUUUGGAAGAAGCCUUAUCACAUCAAUACAAUAAAGAUACUUUAAUACGAAAAUGGCUAAUCGGCGAUAAAGUCUCAAAUUUCUUGGUUGAUAUUGUGGAAAAGGAAAUAAAUGAUUGUUGUCCUCCCGAUUUCAGUGUGCUCUUCAAGUUAGCAAUAACUGAAAAUGAUGAUGAAGAACUUUAUGUGAGCAAAGAAGCAAUAUCCAAGGUUUUAGAUAAAUUGAUACAUGCUCUUCUACAUCCAAAUGAUCAUCUUACUACUAUAGAUACAUGUGCAAGUCUUGCUUCAUAUCUGUCUGCUAUAGUAUAUACCAAAAAUUAUCUUCUCACAUUCACUGAUGAACUUCUAUUGUCACUGAUGAAACUUUUUUGCCAUACGGGUAUCGAUAUCGAGUAUUUGUCCAGCGAUACAAUUUGGGAAGUACAAACAGCAUGGCAGGAUGCUUUAACUGUAUUGUCAAGUAGUCUUCCCAGAACUGAUUUAGAAAUGACAGUUGAUAAAGUUGUUUCUUUCAUUCAAGAAUCAUUUGUUAGUGAUAACUUAGAAGAUGAAAAACUUGAAAAACUCAUUGACGUUUUGAUCAAUUUUUGUCGAGCCAUUUAUAAAGCUACUCCUCUUGAAAUGAGUAAUAUUUUAAGUAAAUUAUUCGACCAUGACUUCAUACUUGAUAAUAGAAAUUUGGUAACAGAACUUUGUAAGUCAGCUGAAUAUUUAAAUGGAAAAUUAGCAAGUUGCUACAAUGAAAUAAAAAUUGAAAGUGAUAUUAAUGUUGAGUCUCGAGAACUAUUACACUUUUUUACAUGGAUGUAUGUAAGAGUUAGUGUUCUCACUGCAAAUGUAGAAGAUACAACGGCUGAUGAUGAGGAGGAAGAAGAAGAUGAUAAUCAAGUUGCAGAAAUCUGGUCCAUUUUAGAUUCAAGAAUGUGCUGGAUUUCUCAAACACUUUAUGACUUAGAGUUGGCAAGAUGCUUUCUUGAGAAUUACAAAACAGUACAAUCUUCUGAAAUAAUACAGCAAUACACAGAAAAGGCCUAUUCGAGUUGUUCAGUUUUGAUGAAACGUUUUGUAGAUGAUGAUAAAAACGCUUUGAAUUUCUUAAUACAAUCUAUGGUAUUUUCUGAAUCUUGGAUGUGGAUUAGAACAUUCUAUACUCUUCAAACAGACCUAUUAAAUGAAGAUCCAAUAGAUGCGUAUGCCAAUUUAGUUAAAAAUGCUAGUAUUGAGAAUAACCUUGCAGUGAUUCAAGCCACUCAAGUGUUUUCAAAACAUUUAGAUUAUGAUUAUGUAACUCACAUAUUUGACAAUGUUGGAAGAAUAAUUGUACUCAGGUGUUUAGCUGAAUGUCAAGAAAUUGAUGUGCAGAUAGCGGAAGUUAUGUCUACAAUAGAAACGUUUAAAAAUGAUAUUUUAAAAAUAAAUUUGCAAAGUUCGAAUUUGGAUUGGCAAUCAUAUCAAAUAAUUUUGGAAAUAGUCAGACUUUUCAAUGAAUUGAUCAGAACUCAGUUCAACUCUUUGUCAAGAGGGCGAUUAGACUUAAUUAUAAUCAGUGCAACAGAAUGGCUUCAAGGAUUGACACAGACACACAAAACGGAAAAGGGAAAAGCAAUGUUUAUCGCAGUUACGAAAUUAUAUCAGUCCAUCAAUGAUAAAAUAAAUGAAAUGAGACAACCAGAUAGAAAAGUGGCUUUGGUCAAGGAGUGGGACGAUCUAUUUGUAGAAGGUGCUCAAAACAAUUUGGCCAAAAUAUGGCUCAAUCUAGCAGAAUAUUUCAGGGUGCUUAAGCAUUCUCUUCCUAUCAAAGAGCUACCUGUUAUGUAUAGAUUUGCAUCAAUGACCGAGUGUUUUGAUCAUCAACUUAUUUUCAAGCAAACAGAGGAUAAACCCAUGUGGUUUAAACUUCUCAAAGAGUCAUGCACAUUGUUUUCAAGUGCAUCUACUACAUUACAACUGGCUGGCUACAAAACUUUGUUGAGUUUGGUACCAGUUUUGGUAAAUAUAGAUUCUGAAGCGGUUGAUUCAAAUACUCCGAAUAAGGAUGGACUGUUAUUCGAAAUGUUUAAACGUGUUUGUUUGUUGAUGCAAGAUAUCGUCAGUACAAUGCUAUCUGAUUUAAAAUUAGGGGAAGACAGUUGUCAUGUGCAGCCUUUCACGGAUUCUUACAACUAUACUCUUGCCUAUUUGCUAAUAUGGGAUAUAAUGCUGUGUCUUUGCGAAGAAGCUUCAAUAGAAUUGAAAUUCCAAUAUGCUGACUGGUUAAGGCAAGAAGAUAUAUUGAAAAGUCUGUUGGAUAAUUUAUUCAGAUUGAUGCCAAUUGAAGUUUUACAUCAUGCUGAGUCCAAGAAAUUAUACCAUCCUGAAUGGUUCUCUUCCAGGGUUGAAUUUGUUGCAGAAAAAGUGUGCACGAGUGCCGAGUUGGAGCAUAUGGUUUGCUGGAUUUAUUAUUCAACUCUAUUACAACUACCAGCUUUGGUUAGACAAUGGUGGUCUAGGGUAGAAAUCAGAAUAGCUCAGAUUGUAGAAAGGAUAACAUCUGCCUAUGUUUCACCAAUACUAAUCAACCGCGAAAUGGAAGACAUAACUCAACACGAGAAAAAAUUCAAGAAUAUGACGAUUAAAGUUCUACCAACUGUCAGAGAAGUCAUUGCUGUUUAUACAGUGGAUGAAUCUCAGAUGGAAUUAAUCAUAACACUGCCAACCAAUUACCCUCUAGCUGGUCCUGAUGUUCAUUGCAAUAGACAAAUCAGUGGUACUUCAUUCAAACAGUGGGUUAUGCAAUUCAGAAAAUGUGUUCUGUAUCAGAACGGUAGAAUAUGGGAUGGUCUAUCAUUGUGGAAUAAUAACUUGGAUAAGAAAUUUGAUGGUGUCGAAGAAUGUUACAUUUGCUUUGCUGUUUUGCAUCCUGGUACUUACCAGUUACCCAAACUAUCAUGUCAAACUUGUAAGAAGAAAUUCCAUUCUGCUUGCUUGUACAAAUGGUUUAGUACAAGUAACAAGAGUUCGUGUCCUAUUUGCCGUAAUUUGUUUUAGUAAUGGAAUUUGAAUGUUAAAGAAACCCAAUAAAUUAAUAGAAGACAAAACUUUAUUUGUGAAUGAUGUAUAUAAUCGGUUGUAAUAUUAAUCAUUCUUGUUGAAGUAUUCUUAUUAUCAAUCAUUUACAAUGUAUAUUUUCUCAAAAACUGUAUAUUUUCUAAUAAAAAUUUAUAUUUUA